AAAAGACAAUCGGUGCAAACGCUAUUUUAUGUGCCCAACCACCAGUGUCAUGAAUGACGCGUGCACAUGUUCAGAUCCGAAAACGUGAUUUAAAAAAAAUGAUAAAAUAAAAAUGCAGCGGUGCGAAACCAAGUAAACAGAGCAGGCGGAGAGACCGGAAGCUCCGGGAGCGACAGGGUUAAAGCGAGCGCUGUGGUGAAUGUGUAGAGCUCUACUGUAGUGCACCACACACAGCCAAUGGGAUGCGCGCGCUGCAUGACUCGAGCGCGGAUCUUUGGCGUGGAUUCACGGGAAUAAAUCCGACACGAGUACGUUAGUACGCGGUAUAAAACGCGAUGGAGCUGCGCGCGGCGACUGAUGGAGGAAAGGAGCUGCUGGAAAGGUCUGUUACAGCUGUCUACUCCCACAAAUGGAUCAUUCAUCUACUUUAAAAGCACUGACUAUAAAAGUGUUUUGGCUUUUUUCUGCAUAAAGGUUCUAACCAUGAAUUCAAGUAGCUUACAACAAAAUUUCAUCUUGUUCCUUGAAAAAGCAAAAGAGUUUAAAGAUGCAUCCAAAAACAUUAAUGAGCGUCUCUGUUGUGACAAAUGCCGCUUUUCAACCAAAGACACUGCCCUGUUUGAAAGGCAUGUAUCUCAACACAAGGAAGUGACCUUUUCCUGUACUAUCUGCAACCACAUCUCAUACUCAAGAGUUGAAUCACAGCGACACCUUGUUAAACACAAAGGCUCGUUUCCCUACAAGUGUAACUGGUGCCCUUAUGGAGCAGUCAGGAGGGACUACAUGGUAAAACACAUUCAGAGGAUACACGGGAAGUCUGCAGAUGGGAUCUUCAUGGCUGAUUGUACUAAAACAAUUGAAGGGACUAAAGGUCCUUGCCUGUCCACUCCAAGAACUUUGGGCGGACCUUCGAAUGAUGCAAAGGUUGUAAGCCAUUCAUCAGGAAAUAUGCCCAGUCUACUUUGCAGUGCAGGUAAGACGAGACCUAGUGCACCAUAUCAUGUUACAAGUACAACUUGCAGUCUACCCAUCAAGCCUCAACCUUGCAUUGUACCCAGCACUACUAACACAGUAUGUACACAAGGAAUUUUUAAUCCACCAAGCAUCACUGUUAAAGAAGUAUUGUGUCUAUCUACUCCAAGAACUUUGGGCGGAACUUCUAAUGAUGUAAAGGUUGUGAGCCAUUCGGCAGGACAUAUGCCCAGCACUACUAACACAGUAUGUACACAAGGAAUUUUUAAUCCACCAAGCAUGACUGUUAAAGAAGUACUGUGCCUGUCUACUCCAAGAACUGUAGGUGGACCUUCAAAUGAUGUAACGAUUGUGAGCCAUUCAUCAGGAAAUAUGCCCAGCACUACAAACACAAUAUGUACACAAGGAAUUUUUAAUCCACCAGCCAUGACUGUUAAAGAACUAUUUCCAACAGUGGGUAAAACGAUAGAGUAUAUUCAAAAAAUGACUGAAAAAUCUUCAUUGGGAAAAAAUGCUGUAACAAGUGCACUUCCCAGAGUUCACGUUGGCAUAGCCGGAGAUCGUGCAGUUCAACAAAAGUUACCGCUACAGAGUCAAGUGGUAGGUUCUACAGAGAAGACGGUAGUUCAGUCCAAAAUAAUUCCAAAAAUUCAAGUUGGACUUCCAGUCAGUAAUAAUAACCAUCUGAAAACACUUCUCAGCAACCAGCGUGAAGCUCCUGUAGCGCAAAAGUCAGUUACUUCUGCAACUGUACAAAAUAUUCCCGUGGCACAUGUAGUACAGAGGUCUGCUCCAUCUUCAGCAAAUACCACUACCCCUGUUGAACGAUUUCGACAGGUAGUACCAACCAUAAAUCGUGGGGCUCAAGCAACAGGAAAAAAAAGUCAACACAAGACGAGACCCAAUAUCCUUGUCAGGACACCACAUAUGACUCUUGAAUCAAGUGCAAAGUCAGGUGUUCAACCAGGAUUGUUGGCACCCUCAAACCAGCCUAUCCAACACAACAGACCCUUGAUGAUACCAGGUUCAGAAGAGAGAAACCCUCCCCGGUCCAGUGUUCAAGUGGAAUUGCUAGCACCUUUAAACCAGCCCAUACAGCACAACAAACCCUUAACUGUAUCGUGUCCCGAAGAGAUUACAAUUCCUGCUGGAUGCCUUGUUGAAUUGGUGGAAGUAAAAAAUGUCAAUGGCACGCGAGAAUUGGAGCUUCGGCUAGUACCGCAGCAGCUCCCUGGUCCUCAGCCGGAAGACUUAAAAAACUCCACUAUAGCUGCUACGGCAAGCAGAUUGUCAUUUAAAUGUAGGGUUGCUACAGAUGAUAAUCAACAGACAAAUGUGAACCAGGAAAUGGUGCCUAAGGCAAAUGCCAUUUCUGAGCAUCUGGUACAGGAAUCACAUAUAAAGAAAUUUUCCUCAGAUAACAAGUUAAAUGUAAAAAAUGAAGCUGAGGUGAACGAGAGAGUGCAAUGUUCUAGGAAGAAUGGGGCACCAGCAUCAGGAUCUUUAAGUAAAUGGUUGCAUGCUCCUAUCUCAAAAUCUAUGGUAUCUAACCCUUCAGAAGCAUACAAGUUUACGCAACAACUGUGUUCCGGACACAAAAGUGUUGCAACAGACCCUGUUAAGCCACUGUCGCACAUGCACUGCACAGUUAAAAACAUUUCUCCAAAUGGAAGUAACAAGAACCUUACAGUUGAAAGUCUUAAAUAUGAGCUUAGAGCUGCUGAACCAUCAUCCAACAAAAUGGAAGAUGCAGAAUUGAGUCAUCAAGGUCUCCCUGUCAUUUCAUCUGUAUUUUCAUUAUGCCCCAUUCCUCAAAAUACUUCAAACCAUAUUCACACCAGAGAGGCAGAGGCAAGGAUAUCAGUAGUUCCAGCAUCAAGUGAAAGCAUAAAAACCGCAGGCAACCCAAAAUUCUGUAGACCUACAAUGAAAACAGAGGAUGAUGCAAGAUUGUUGCCUGAAAGUGUUCAGAAAUGUGGUCAAUCUACCAAGCGGAAUGAUGAUAUUUUAGAAGAACCCAAGGCACCUGAAAGUAUAGUGAAAGAGAAGUUUAAUGCUAUGGGCAUGAAGACAUUGACAAAUGAUGAGCAGGAAAAAAUGACACCAGAAUCUUUAACCAAUGCUCUCCAGACAGAUCCAUCAUCAAAUGUGAGCACUUCAUCAGUGAGCAAGAAUGACUGUUCCUCAAAACCUGAAAAAAUAGAGAAAACACAGUUGGAUUCAGAGAAGAGCUUGCCCACAAAGAGCGACAGUCCUGUCACUUCGUCCAUGAAUCCCAUAGUAUCUUUGAUCCGAAUCCCGAACUUGGAAUUAUUUUCCGUCUCUGAAUCUGUGAAUAAAGUUCAAGAGAAACGGGAUGGCGAGGAAAGCGUAACAGCUCGUCCUGUUAUGUGCUGCACAUCAAACCAGCAAAACCUACAAGAAAAAACCAUUAAGUUGGUUUUAAAAAGAAAAUGGUCUGAAACAAAAACUGAUGAAGACCCAAGGUUAGACUUAGUAUGCAAUGAUCUACCACCCACAAACAAAAAAGCUAAGAAAGUUAAGAGGGCAAAAAAACACAAGUCCUCCAAAGAACAGCAGUUGUUGGGGAAUGGAACAAUGUUCUUAAUGCCUCUAAAAGAUGAUCAACUAGUCAAACUUCCAGGACCGAAUCAACCUGUGGUUGUCCUGAACCAUCCAAAUCCACUAGUUCAUGUGUUCAGUGUAGAAGGUCAGACUUUAAAUGAUCAGCACCCCAGGAAAUCAGUUUCUGACCUCAGUAAUCCAGAUGGAGUCACUCUGUGCAAACCUGAGAGGACGUGUCCUGCGUUUAAACUGACACUGAAAAAAGUCCAAGGACAGAUGUACCAGGUUACCGAGCUUCUUGUCAAAGGCGUCUCUGAAAGGACAAUGUCUGACAAAUUUUAGCAGACUGUUCAUUUUGUGUUUCUCUUCAAUCUGCACAUCAUUUGUAGUGUUUUACGUACCCACUCUGAAGGCUAGAUGGAGAUGCUACAGUUGGAGCAAUGUCGGGCUGUAAUUGGGUUUUCCAAAAACAGUAUUGAAAUUCAGUGAAAUACUUUUUGCAGUAUUUUUACAUAAUACACUCUCAUUGAAUUUUUUUAUAAUGGGGAGAUGACACUUUUCCUGACAUAUCAGUUGUUAUUUAAUGUUAUUCAAAAUCUACUCCAAGGAUUUAAAAUUCCUAAUCUGGAUCUAAAGUAACUUGUACAGAACAAUCUUUUUUGUAUGUAUAAAGGUUUAAAAAAUGUUUUUGUACAUUUUUACCAGUGUUCAACAUCAGAUAUUAAUCCAACAACACUUUUUUUUUUAACCUGGAGACUUGCCUCAUCUUAGAUGUUUAAGCACUCCCUAAAUGCUUUAUAUGUAUAAAAGACGUAUGAAUCCUAUUUUGUCCAAUGUGCCAACAUUAAUAUUGAUUGAAUAGAAUUAAUUGAAUUUUUCAUUGAUGUCAGUGUGUCAUCAGAGCGUUUCGAAACCUCUUGGACAGUAGUAAAUGCUAUAGCAAACUGCCGUAUCGCCAUUUCCAGAUCUUAUUCUCACUGCAUACUUUUUAAUGAACCUAAUGCUACAUUAAUGGAUGCGUGUUUUUUUAUUAUGAUUGCUAAACACCUCCCUAAACACAUUACACGUUACACCAGUAACACUUGAGUUUUUUGUUAGUGAUGCACCAAUAUCUUUACACAGUGAAAUUGAUCAGCCAAAUCCACACUAUACUAUUAAAUAGCAGAAUAAUCUCAAUAAUAUCAUUGAAAUAUGGAAGUAAAACUAUUAGAUUUUUUACACAGACAUUGUUUCCCAAGGACUUUUGCACUAAGCUUUGAAUAAUCACUUCUAAACAUUCUGAUUAAUAUGUAGACAUGUAAUAAUAAAUUAUUUUUAUCUUUUUUUUAUUAGUUUUAUUGUAUGUCCUGUCGUGUGGAGGCAUUUCUUGGAUAAACCUGUGAUUUUUCCUUAACUUGUAUUUUUUUAAAUAAUUGCUAUUAAUUCGUUAU